AAUCAAAUCUUAAAACGCUUAUAUGAUUGGAAUCGAGAGCACAUAUACUUGCCAUUUUAUAGACUUUCUAGGGUAACCGUUAUGGCCAAUUAAAUUCUUAUUUACAAUUGGUGUUUUUAAUCUUAAGCAAUAGCCAUUGCCAUAGAUUGCAAUAUCAAUGAGGUCUAUAAUAGUGAGAGAUUUAGUUGUAUACCGUGACCAUGUUCAAGCAAUAAAAUCUGGUUUCACAUCAAGUAUUUUCACUUGUAAUCAACUCAUUCACCUUUAUUCCAAACAUGGUCUUUUAAAAGAUGCCCACAAACUGUUCGAUGAAAUUCCCCACCCAAAUGCAUACUCUUGGAAUGCCCUUAUUAUGGCUUACAUAAAAGCACAAAACUUGACACAAGCACGAGCGGUUUUUGACUCUGCCGUUGAUAGAGAUUUGGUUUCUUAUAAUUCCAUGUUGUCGGCUUAUGUUGGUGCGGACGGGUAUGAGACUGAGGCGGUUGAUUUGUUUGAUAAAAUGCAAUCUGCACGUGAUAUGAUUGGGAUUGAUGAGUUCAGUCUCACGACGAUGGUUAACUUUAGUGCUAAGUUACGUCUAGUGUGUUAUGGGAAGCAGAUGCAUUCGUAUAUGGUGAAAACUGCGAGUGAUUUAAGCAAGUUUGCAUCGAGUUCUUUGAUUAAUAUGUACUCUAAAUGUGGUUUGUUUCGUGAUGCGUGCAGUGUGGUUAGUGGUUUUGAUGGGGUGGUAGACUUGGUUUCGAAGAAUGCGAUGGUUGCUGCCUGUUGUAGGGAAGGAGAGAUGGACAUGGCUUUGAAUGUGUUUUGGAAAAAUCAUGAAUUGAAUGAUACUGUGUCUUGGAAUACGUUGAUUGCAGGAUAUGCCCAGAAUGGUUAUAUGGAUAAAGCACUUGCCUUGUUUGUUAAGAUGACUGAAAGAGGUGUUAGGUUUGAUGAACAUACUUUAGCAAGUGUUUUAAGUGUUUGCUCUGGCCUAAAACAUUUGAAACUUGGCAAGUGUGUCCAUGCGUGGGUGUUGAAAAAUGAUUACAAUUCAAAUCAAUUCAUUAGCAGCGGCAUCGUAGACUUAUACUGUAAAUGUGGGAAUAUUCGGUAUGCGGAGUUGGUGUAUGCAGGAAUUGGGAUUAAAAGCCAAUUUGCAGUUUCCUCAUUGAUUGUAGGCUAUUCAUCUCAAGGCGAGAUGAUGAAAGCCCAAAGGCUUUUUGAUUCUCUAUUGGAAAGAAACUCUGUUGUCUGGACAGCUCUAUGUUCUGGAUAUGCCAAAUCGCAACAGUGUGAAGAAGUCUUCAAACUUUUCAGAAAGUUUGUAACUAGAGAAGAGCUAAUUCCUGAUGCAAUGAUCAUCAUCAGGGUGCUUGGUGCUUGCGCGACACAAGCCACCCUUAGUUUGGGAAAGCAGAUUCAUACUUACAUCUUGAGAAUGAGACUUAAGAUGGAUAAAAAAUUGUUGAGUGCUAUGGUUGAUAUGUACUCAAAAUGUGGUAAUAUUAUGUAUGCCGAGAAAAGCUUCCAACUAAUGACUGAUAGGGAUAGAGAUGUGAUCUUAUAUAAUGUCAUGAUAGCUGGUUAUGCUCAUCAUGGUUUUGAAAAUAAAGCUAUUCAGCUUUUUCACGACAUGUUGAAGAAAAAUGUCAAGCCAGAUGCAGUCACUUUUGUAGCACUUCUAUCUGCUUGUCGGCACCGUGGACUAGUAGAACAAGGAGAAAUUUUUUUCAUUUCUAUGGAAGAUUACAGUGUAUUGCCUGAGAUAAACCACUAUGCAUGUAUGGUUGAUAUGUAUGGAAGGGCUAAUCAACUAGAAAAGGCAUUAGAAUUUAUGAGGAAGAUUCCCAUUCAGAUAGAUGCUACAAUUUGGGGAGCAUUUCUUAAUGCUUGUCAGAUAAACAACAAUACAUCACUUGUCAACAAAGCAGAAGAGGAACUACUAAAAAUUGGGGCUGAUACUGGGUCUCGGUGUGUGCAAUUGGCCAAUGUUUAUGCUUCUGAGGGAAAUUGGAAUGAGAUGGGAAGAAUAAGGAAGAAAAUGAGAGUGAAGGAGGCUAAAAAGCUUACUGGUUGCAGUUGGAUAUAUGUGGAAAAUGGUAUUCAUGCAUUUACUUCUGGUGAUACAUCUCAUGCAAAAGCAGAUGCAAUAUAUUCAACUUUGUUAUGCUUGAAUUGGAAAGAAGUGAAGCAACUUCAUGAAAUUUUGGGGUGAUUUUCUUGUAGACGUAUUUUGAUACUCAACUAGUCAAUACGACACAUUUUAAAAUAAAUUAUUCUCCCUUGCGGGAAUCAUAAGAUCACCAUUCAAUGCAGCAUGCUUAUGGUUAUGGAUACCAUUGUAGAGAAGAAUUGAAUAUUAAAUAUGUUGUCCAUCGGGGUCCUAGUACUACUAUGAAAGUGAUUGGAUGGCUUUACUGCUUCAUGAACUAACAAAGGGAAAGGAGCUAAGAAAGUUUUGAGAAGUGGAGACUCUUACAUCUUUAAACCAACCUAAAGGUAGACACUGAAGCAAUCACGAUAAACUGCCAGGAGCCAUGCAAACUUUUACGGAGACACAUUUGGAAAAAUUGUCUUAUUCCUUUAGAAGUGAAGGGUCGUUAGAUUAUAAGUUCUGUGAAGGCACUGAUUCAAGUCAGAAAAGGUGUUCUCCAGCCUAUAUGAUCGACAAUAUUUCAUAUUUGGUGACAUAUGGAACAUGGAGAAGGACCAACGCUCAAUAAUUAUGAACUUAUGAAAGUUUUGGUGUAUCCACCUUUAAGCAAGUUGGUGCUGCUGUGAGUGAUUUUGAGCAUGCAAGUUGCAACAUAGAAGUAUGCCCUGUGUUUUGGGAGAACAGAGAAAUCGUGACACGAUUUCAUCAACGUGUCACGAUUUCCAGGCAGUGAGCAUGGCUUUUCAGGGUGCUCAAUCGUGUCACGAUUUUGGGAAAAACGUGACACGAUUUUCAACUUGCUGGGCAUGUUUUCAGGAUAAGGUUGGUCGUACCUUGGGUCGUACGCAUCAAUCGUGUCACGAUUUGGACAAACGUGACACGAUUUUGACAGUUGAAGACUUCUAUAUAAGUGUUUCUUUGCAGAUUUUGAAGGAGAGCUUUUAGAGAGAGAAACUUGGAUUACAAAGAAGGUAACUUUAGGGUUGAGUGUCUUUGUAGUGAGGAUCUCUUGGGUUGGGAAACAUUGUAAACACCUUGAGUAGUGAGAUUUCACCAUUGGAAGGAUCAAAAAACUUCCUUUUGUGUUUUUCUCUUAGGAUUCAUUGAGAGUGUGGGUGACACAAAAUGGGUAGGAAUUAGGUCUUGUUCUUGUGUAAGCUUAUAAGCUAAUUUCUUGUAACACUUUCAUCAUAGUGGAUUGGAGGGCCGCUCUCUUCCCCAUAUUAGGUCAUAUUGGACCGAACUGA